AGAAUUCUGUAAAUUGAUCUAAAUCGGAAAAUCCCCAAUUCGAAGCUUUCCACGGUUCCUCUCCGCACCGCCUCGUCCUCUUUGACCUAGUCCUCCUGCUUCUCGGUCUUGAUCUUCCUUACUUCCUUUCCCAUCGAUUUCUGACCGGCUUCCCUUCAAGGCGUUCCGUUCCGUCUGAAGAACAACUACCCCACAGUUACGAAUUUACAGGAUUCCGGCACUCGCCGAUCGACGACAAUGGAAAACCACAGAGUCGCGGAUUGGACGGCGUUCCAGAUCUUUGCGAGGCUUCUCGAUGGGAAGACAGCUACCCUGCGAUUCGCAGCGCCGCAAGCCUACACUCACGAAAUCAAGCGCCGAAUCUUCGAGAUCACCAGAAUCCCUGUUGGAUACCAGAGGCUUGUCAGCGGCGGCCGCCAGCUCGACGACGAUUCCGUCGUCUCGACGCCGGAGUGCAGCGUUCACCUCUUGCUCGGCCUCCGUGGCGGGAAGGGAGGCUUCGGCUCGCUUCUUCGUGGCGCCGCCACCAAGGCCGGGCAGAAGAAGACGAACAAUUUCGACGCCUGCCGGGAUAUGAGCGGUAGAAGGCUGCGGCAUGUGAAUGCUGAAAAGAGGUUGGAGGAGUGGAAAGCGGGGGAGGCGGAGAGGAGGCUGGAGAAAGUUGCAGACGACUUUCUCAAGAAGAAUGCGAAGAAGAAUGCGAAGAAGGGGAGCGGGGAUGGAGAAGCCGCGAAGUACGUGGCUAAAUACAGGGAGGAUUCUGCUAAGUGUGUGGCAGAGGUUGAGGAUGCCGUGAGAGAGGCUUUUAGUAAUGGGAGUGGGAAACGAAAGGGGAAGUUCCCCAUUAAGGACGCCAAGAAGUUGAAGAAUUGUAGGUUGGGGAAGAAGAUGUUGGGUGUAAGUGAUUCUGAAGACUCAGAAGAUGAUAGUGAUGAUGACAAUGAGGGCGAGGGAACUGAGAAAUCUGUUAUACUGAAUGGCGGGAGUAAUUCAGAUCCAAAUUCAGACUCGGUUUCUGAUUGGAAGCAAAACGUAGAAUGUUCUACUUCUGCUUCUGGUGAGAGUGGUAGGGAGGAAGAGAAAGAGGUUGCCGAGGGGCACAACAGUAAGUCAAGUUCUCAAAGAGAUGCUAUCAAUGACAUGGAGACGGUAGCUGAACCUGACACUUGCUCCGAGGUAGCAGCACAUAGUCCCACGGUCAAUGGCUUGGAGGUUGCUAAAGCUUCUGGACCUGAUGAAAUGACAAUGGAACGUCGAGAGAUCCCCUGUUCCGAGAAUGUGGAAGUUACAGCAGACAACCUAGUUAUUGGUGUGACAAAUGGCCCUGGAGACUUAAAAGCAGAUAAGGAGGAAGAAAUUGUAGUUGCAGAGACGAGUAAUGCUGAUUUGGAGAAGCAGCUAAAUCUUGAAGAUUUCACUUCACCUACUGAUUUGGAGGUUCUGGGAUUGGAGAAGCUGAAGACGGAACUGCAAGCCCGUGGUCUGAAAUGCGGAGGCACUCUCCAAGAGCGAGCGGCGAGGCUUUUCCUCCUCAAGUCGACCCCUCUAGAUAAACUACCUAAGAAGCUGCUCGCCAAGAAAUGAACCCUCUUUGAUUUUACUGCCUCCAUGAACAAAGGAAAGCCAGACCAGAUGUGGAUUGGAUCACUUACUAUUGUUGCUGUGGCUAACGGUGAGAACUGAGAGGUGAGAUGGGGAUGGUGAUUCCGUGUCGAGUCUUUCUGUCGUAGAAAUGACGAUUGUGCACAAGCAAUUACGACUGGAUGGCACUUUGGACCAAAGGGUGGGAAUCUAGUAUUGGUUCUUUGGUUAGACCGAAAUCAAAAUUAAUCGGCAAAAAAAAAAAAAAAAAAGACGAAGCGACAUUAGUAUUGGUUCUUGUAUAUGUACACAUGGAAUACCAACAUUCAAGAUGAUGAAUUUCAAGAAGGAAGUCUUGAAUUACAACAUGCAAGAUGUUGUAUUCCAGUAAUAAUGUAUGGAAUUCUCGGAAGAACGUCUUGACAAAAUGGUUAAUAACGC